AUGCAAACCGCCCUCCUUCUCGCUUUGACCCUUUGUGCCGUCGUCUUCAGUGUCAGCUGCCAGGAAGAAGCGUUCCUCAUGGAUCCCCCAUCUCCAGAUGAGCAGCAGGGAGGGUAAGACAUCACCGACGCCCACGCACUUCUUUGAUCGCUGACAUUUCAGAUUCUCGUCUCACAUUGUCGCUCUGCGGCCUGAUUACACAUUCUGGAAGAUGGUGAAUGUGCUCAAAACGAUGUUCGACACCAGAACGACCGAGAAGAGACGGCCGAGAGACGCGGCCGAAGAGUUGCCGGCCCCGAAGCUGCCGAACCUCCGUGCCCGACGACUCCUUCUCAACUUCGGACGCUAUCGCAUCUGA